CUUUUCGGUUCACGAGAGAUGAAUGAUGCGAGACUAGCCUAGUGCUAGGUUUUACAUUGAUUACCAUUCACAACUGUAAGGGUGGGCCUGCUGUGUGUGCCGAUAGUUUCCUGAUACAGGAGUAUGUUGUUGCCACGGACGCUAUCGUCUAUAUUUUUGGUUGUGAGCGUUAGCUUUGCAAUUGAUGUGAGUGUGAAAAAAAGUAGAGUAUGGGGACCUGGCUUGAAUGCCGAUUUUCUUUUACCAGUGAGAUAUUUUUAUGUACAGCUGAUCAACAAGGAUGGCUCAAACCUUACAGAGUCCGUGGGGGAGAAGGCCAUCACUGUCAAUAUUGUCCCCGGGUCUGACAGGGCCAGGAUAUGGACGCAGGUCCUUGACCGUCACGACGGCUCCUACAUUGUCCGGUACCGUCCCUUCUCCACGUCCUCAGAUUUGAGCAUCCACGUACUUUACAAUGGCCGACAUAUUGCGGAUUCACCGUACAUACUAAAAGGCGAUAUCUACCAUGAGACGUGCAACUGCCCGCACCAGACGGCCGAGCAGUGGGCGGCCGCGGUCGGCUGCACGGCGACCUACGCUCAGAUCGAAAACGACCUUGAGCCGUUCAAGAGCGUCGACAUGACCAAGGUCGCGAAGGAGGCGGUGGAGAGAUUCAACCAGGCUGGGCAACACAGCAUCUGCCACUACAAGAUCAUCAGCAACAAGGUCUACAGAAAAUGUUACGGAGAACACGUGGGGUUUAAGAUGUUUGGUGACGCCAUCCUACUAUCGUUGUCUAGAAAGAUGUUUUUGCCUGACAUUGAGUUUUUCCUGAACCUGGGAGACUGGCCGCUGGAAACCAAACGACUGGACGAGUCUCCGCUGCCCAUUUUCUCGUGGUGUGGCUCCAAGUCUUCCAGAGACAUUGUCAUGCCGACCUACGACCUGACGGAAGCAACGUUGGAGAUGAUGGGCAGGGUAAGCUUGGACAUGUUCUCAACGCAAGCCAACACUGGGCCAAAGUGGGCCAACAAAACAGCUGUAGCCUUUUGGCGCGGGCGGGACAGCAGACGAGAGCGACUUGACCUGGUAGAGACCGCCCUGAAGCAUCCCGACCUUGUAGACGCCAGACUCACCCACAUGUUCUUCUUCCCUAAGGACCCAGCAAAGUAUGGAGAGCUGGUCCCGCAUAUUUCAUUUUUCGACUUUUUUAAGUACAAAUACCAGCUCAACAUAGACGGGACUGUGGCCGCCUACAGAUUCCCCUACCUUCUGGCUGGCGAUGCUGCCAUUUUCAAGCAGGACUCCGAGUACUACGAACAUUUUUACAACGACCUCAUCCCCAACGUCCACUACAUUCCCCUGAAGCAUGACCUCAGCGACGUUCUGGAGAAGGUCAAAUGGGCCAGAGAACACGAUGACCUGGUCCAAAAGAUCGCCCAAAAUGGUCAACAGUACGCACGCGAGCAUUUAAACCCGGCUGAUGUCUUGUGUUAUCACGUUAGGUUGUUUCAGAAAUAUGCAACACUGCUGAAGAGAAAACCUCAGAUUGUUAAGGGCUUUGAGCUUGUAGAACAACCAACUGAAGGGGCGGCAUGCUCUUGUUCAAAGUCCAAAGACAGCGUGAAAAUACCAGAAAAAGAGUUGUGAUGAGAAAGCAAGUUUUAACAUUCAUAUGUGCAAUGGAACAGUUUAAAAACCUUUCUGCCAAAAUGUUGUCAUAAAACUGUUUUUUUAAUGUUAUAUUUAACGACCUUAUAAGUUGCUGCUGGAAUGUUUAUUAUUAGCUAAUAUGACAAUAGCUGAUAUUCAACUGCUGAUUAAAAUUAUCAAAUUUUAAUAUUCUCUAAUUUUAAUAAUUUAUGAAGAUGCAUUAGAAUUAGUUAUAUUAUUAUUGAAUUUUUUUUGUGCCUUUGUGGUUUCUUGUUAUUUUAUUAUCAUAGACUGCUUAAAUACUUUUUAAUUAUUUUUUUUUUGUAAUAGAUUACUUUUUCAAAAAUUGGGAUGUACACUUAUAUUAACUUUAUAAAAAAGCUGCCAUUUUUGUGCUUGCUGCGACUGUCUUAUGUAUGAUAACCUUGAAAUCUUUGUGAUAUACCUGCCAAAUAUUACAUUUGUGAUACAAUGAACUACCACAUACUAUAGCAUUGUUUUAUCACGAUUUUAUCUUAAAUGAUAAAAAGUCUCUAGAUUCCAACUUUUUAAAUAUUUUUUCUCAUUCAACCAUGCAUUAUUUAUGCAGAGUUCAGGCAUUAUUUAUAGAAUGCACACCAUCAUCAUCCCCCCCCCCCCCCCACCAAUAAAAAAAGAAAGGCCUCUUAAAAUUAGCAUAAUAGCAAGUUAAUAAUUUUGCCUUUCAUAAUUUUCCCCUUGAUAUUUAAGUUACUAAAUAUAUUUCCUAAAUACCUUUCCUAGUAGGACUCCUACUGUAUAGUUUAAUGUUUUUAUCACUUUCUUAGGGUAUGUCAAACGGUUCACAUUCCUGCAAGUAUUGAUUCCACAUAUCAGCUGUUAUAUAGCUGAUCGAUUCAAACUAUUGAACUUAGUUUCUUAAGAUUUAUUUAACUUAAUAGAACAGAAUACAGAUUUUAAUGUACAGUAUUUUUACUGCUAACAUUAACAAUUCAGUAUGAAUUGUUAGUUCUGAAAAUAUCAGACUAUUUUUUGUAGUAAUAUCAUGACCAUUACUACUUAACUGUUGAAUAGAACUAUCUUUUAAACCUGAUAGAUUUCUAUUGAUUUCAAGGCAUCGUCAAACAAGGACCACAUUUUUAAUGAACUAGUCAUAUCUGUAUUAAACCUAUAUUUCUUACAUUUGUGAAUAUCUUUUCAAAAUACAUUGGUGCUCAGUAUUUCCUUUGUAACCACAUUCUAUUUCUAUGCAUGAACUUAUUGUGACUACAGAGUAUUAUUUACUUAGAUCAAGGUUUAUAAAUAUUGAGGGUUUACAGCAUAUAUAUUUACUUUUUAUCAGCACUAUUUAGUGUUUAGUCUGCACUGGUGGUUUAUUUAAAGCUACAAAAAUUUACAUUAAGUUGUCAUUUGUUUUAA